AUGCUUCUUCUCUCUCAAGAUCUCUUGGUCGACCUCGUUGUCAAUUUGCUUGUUUUAGACUCUCUCUCCGCCCUAAACGACGCCUUAGCAUCUGACCCCACCAAUUCCGAACUUCUCGAGGUGCAUAAAGAGGUUGUUCAGGCCAUUAAAGAUGCGGAGGAGGGGCUUCUUCACCUUAAACGUGCGCGUUUACUACGAGAAGUGGAUUACGUGCUAUGUGGUUCAAAUGCUGCCACUGAGGAUGUUAAAGUCGAACCGCUUGAUCCGUUCGAUGUUGAACCGGAGCCGUUGGUGGACACAACCUACACCGUUGGAUCGAGAUGUAGAUUCCGUUACAACGAUGGCCGGUGGUAUGAUGGUCAAAUUGUUGGGCUCGAAGACUCUGACUCCGCAAAGAUUUCUUUUCUCACGCCUACAUCCGAAGAUAUGCUGAUAUGCAAGUUCUUUGUGCAACAACGAUGUCGAUUUGGUUCUAGCUGCCGCUUAUCACAUGGAAUUGAUGUCCCAUUGUCUUCCUUGAAGAAGUAUAAUCCAACAAUUUGGGAGCAGUCAUUGGUGGGAUCCACUAUUUGGGCUCUCUCAGAUGAUAAAGUGGGCAUUUGGAGAAAGGCUGAACUUGAAUCAUGGGAUGAUGAACUCAGAAUGGGGGAGGUUGUUUUUAGAGAUGAUGGAAGUUCUGCAAAGCUUGGGAUUGAAGCCAUAGCGUUGUCUGAGUAUGCCCAGAUGGGUGAUGAAGAAGAGAGUGACUUAAGCUCGGAACUCUCUGAUUCAAGUGACUAUGAAGAAGAUACCUCACAGGGUUUAGGAUUUGAUGGGAUGACUGAUUUACAAAGGGGCAUCCAGACAGACACUGUCAUUUUUGCAAAGUGGGAGAAUCACACCCGGGGCAUCGCUUCCAAGAUGAUGGCCAAUAUGGGUUAUCGUGAAGGGAUGGGUCUAGGUGCAUCCGGGCAGGGAAUGUUGGACCCUAUCUCUGUGAAAGUCCUUCCACCAAAGCAAUCUCUUGAUCAUGCUUUGGAGUCCCAUGAAAACAAAGAAGAUAAAGAGAAUAAAUUAAAGAAACGAAGUAGAGGUGGCAAGAGAAAGCGCGAAAAGAAAUUUGCAGCUGCAGCUCGAGCUGCAAGAGAUGAAGUAGAAUCAAGGCCAGAUGUUUUUUCUCUCAUCAAUAGUCAGCUUGCAAAACAUGGUGAAGCUGUGAACGGCAAGUUAUACAAGACGCAGCGGCACAAAGGUUCAAGAGAAGAGAAGAGGGUUGAUAGGAAGGAUCUAGUUGCUUAUGAUGAGGAGGUGAAGGACCUGCGAAUCCGAAUUGAGAAGCUGGAAGAGAUGGUCCAAAGGAACAAAAAAGAGAAAGUUGUUUAUGAAGCUGCAAUGAGGAAGCUAAACGAGACUCGACAGGCAUUAGCAGAGGCAGAAGCAGCCCAUGCAUCUGCAUCAAAUGCAGUCUCUCGCAGAGAAAAAGAAAAGAAAUGGCUUAAGUUUUGAGACUAGUAAAAUCAUGUAGUCAUCAUUAUGUGUUACAGUGUUAAAAUUUAUAUUUAUGGCUUGAAUUUGCACUACAAAUCAUCCAAUGAAUCACACCGAAAGAUGAUUACUGAUAUCCUUCAUUGUUCAGCAAAUGAACAGUACAUCUUUUUUAUAAAUACAUUGAACUCAACAAUGGU